GUCACGUUCGUGUCUACCCUUCAAGGGAUGCAAGCAGUAUAAAUAGUGACUGAUACACAGUUUAUCAUAAGUAGUAGUGUCCUGCUGGCAGAAGAACAACCUGUGAUCUUGGAAACUUUGUCUUUGCAGUGUGAAAGGCAGCUAUGGCAAUCGCAAUCAUCGCAGUCUUGACAUUGGUGGCAGUUGUAGUUGGAUAUUUUCUCCUUAACAAGAAAAACAAGCAUUUGCAGUUGCCACCAGGGCCCAAGGCCUACCCACUCAUAGGUAAUGUUGCAGAGCUGACUGGGUGUGAUCCCUAUAUUGCAUUUACAAGACUUUCCAAGACAUAUGGCGAAAUCUAUCUACUAACACUCAUUGGUGGACAAAAGGCUGUAGUUAUCAACACUGCUAGUCUUGCAAGAGAAGCAUUCCUGACCAAGAAAGACGAUUUUUCUGGAAGACCAUACACUUACAUUGGAGAUUACUUUACCCGUGGAACUAAAGACAUCAUAUGCGCUGAUUUUACUCCUAUGAUGGUGUCACUGCGUAAGAUCGUACAUUCUGCUUUGAAGAUGUACGGCCAAGGCAUGCAACGCUUGGAAAGCCAUAUCUGCUGUGAGGCAGAUGACCUAGCUAAUCGUUUGAUUGAGCACAAUGGAGCGGCAUUUGAUCCCAAGCCUGACAUAUGUGUCACUGUCCUCAACGUUAUUUGCUCCGUGGUUUAUGGACAGAGCUACCACAAACAUGAAGAAGAGUUUGAGAGRAUUGUUGAAUAUAAUGACAUAAUUUCAUCCGUCUUUGGAAGCUUUAAUCUACUUGACCUWUUCCCAUGGCUGAGAUACUUUGGAAUACAUACCGCCAAGCAACUGGAAAAGGCYAGGAUAAUUCGAGACAAUAUCAUCAACAAAAAAUUCCAGGAACACAAAGAAAAAUUCCUCGUGGAAAAUGCAAACCACAAUUUUGUGAUACAGGAUCUGACCGACGCUCUGCUGAAAGCAUUUGAUGAAAAYACAAACGAAGACGCCAAGAGCCCCACCUUGACCGAAGAUAACAUCAUGAUGACGAUGAAUGACRUAUUUAAUGCUGGAUUUGAAACGACAGCAGCCAUAUUACGAUGGAUUGUGCUAUACAUGGUGCAUUAUCCAGAAGUUCAGGAAAAAGUGCAAAAAGAGCUUGACGCUAUUGUUGGACACAGCCGACUACCAAGACUGGCCGACCGUGAAAAUUUGCCGUACACUAGAGCUAUGAUAGCUGAAACCAUGCGCAUUACGUCUCAUGUCCCGCUUGGUCUCCCACACAARGCAACAAGAGAUACUACCUUGGGAGGUUAUGACAUUCCUAAAGGCUACCUUUUGAUUCUCAACGGGUAUGCCGUUCACCACAGCUCUAGUGAAUGGGAUAAACCAGACAUGUACACCCCAGAAAGGUUCCUUGACGAACAAGGGAUUUACAACUCCAAUAAUAAGAACUACCUGCCAUUCGGCGCGGGCCGCCGACAUUGCAUUGGUGAAUCCUUGGCAAAAAGUGAGGUGUUCUUGCUGACGUCGAGACUCCUUCAUCAGUUCAGCUUUUCCAAUCCUCCUGGCGAGCCAAUGCCGAGUUUCAAGGGUUCACAGGGGGUGGUUAUCCAGCCUGCACCAUUCAAAGUUAUAGCGAAGGAAAGAGCCUAAAGUAAUUAACUCUGUACAUUCGCAGAUAGUAAAACAACUACGAUAAACAUAUUUUAGCCCUUUUAAUGACAAAACUGUAAUCUCAAGUGUGUUAAGGSCAAUUAACAGUAUUUUGAAUUCAAGUUUCUUUCUUCUUUCCUUUUCUUUUCUUUUCUUUUUUCUUUUCUUUUUUUAAUGCUUCAAAUUUCCUAUACAGCGUCGGAAAAAAUAUUUCCUAGUUUUACCUUUUCAAGAAAAUUCGAAAAAAACGUAUUCUGCAAAAUGGUCACGUGACCUGUUUUGACCUGUUUUAACCUGUUUUAACCUGUUAAAAUUUUAAUUAAAACAGGUUACAUAUUAAAAUAUCUCUCUAAUUAGUAAGCAAGGAAGCACAAAGUGAAAGACAGAAAGUGAAAGACAAGGGACAAAGGUGUUCGUUCCCGCGUAUGUUUCAAACUCGCGACCACAUAAACAAAGUCACGUGAAAUAUCACGUGAUAAGUGUUUUGCUGGUUAAGGGGAAUCACAAUGUAAAUGCCUAUAGACCCCUUGCAGUUCAUGGGAAUGCAGCUACAACUGGAGGACAAAACAAUGGAUUCUAGUUCCCAAGAGGGCAAAAAUCUUUUGUUUUGCCCUCCAGAUGAAGCUGCUUUGACGUCACAUGCAAGGGGUCUAUAGUUGUGGAAAGUUUUGUGUUCGGUAAAACUAGGAAUAGAUGCUAUGAAUUUUUAUGUUUUCUCCGGCUUAUUUCGAUCUUACCCAGGCCUUAACAUACUUGAGAUACUUCGGUGCAUAACCAAAGAAUAGCUGCUAUAUAUUCAAAAUUUGACGUGAAACAUUUCAUGAUGGUUAAUCACCUAUGUUUUGAUGUACAAUUAUUUCAAAAAACGUUGUCGGGGAUAACGGCGACCAUGGGACAAUGGUUGCCAUGUUUAACUUGCAAAAUUUUACUUGCUGGGUUAACUUUGUGUAUUGAAAAUGGUUACUAAAUGGAGCCAAUGUCUACCAUAGACUAUUUUACAGUACAGAUCAGUUGUUAUUUCGCAUCAAUUACAAACCCCAUGACUCCUUUCGGUCAUGCAAUUGCCGUGUUUGACAAUUGACAUUGGACAUUUUUUUCCGGCAACAUUUUUUGAAAUAGGUAUAUAAACAACUCGAAAUGAAAAGCAACUUAGCAUGUUGUUAUGAUAAUUGUAUACACCUCAAUAUUAAYGAUUUUUAUAAAAUUGUAAAAGUAUUAUGCACUUCAAUAAGUGAUACAGUCAUAUUCUCGCACAAGUCMAUUUUGCUUGAUAAUUUCUUGCUGAGAUGAUGAGUUUGUACAUGCUCAUUAUCAUGUAUUUAGAGUCUAACAGUUUGAUGGUUACCUGAUAAGUAGACCAUCGAUUCUGUGUACGUUAUAAAUUUUUGAUGAAACAUAAAUGCUGUUUUUAAGAAAUUGAAUAAAAUGAUAUUAAAGAAU